ACACGCUUGGAAUCGUAGCUAUCCACUUCUUUUUGCUCGGACAUCGUUGUUUUCGACACGGUAUAGGAAUAAGCUGAAAUGGAAACGAGGGAGAGCUGACGCCUUAACGCGUUACUCGGUAGCUAACAUUAUUGAGGGAGACAGCAGGCUUUCCAUCCCCCGCUUGACAGCCCAAACAUCGAGCACCAUUCAGUGGCAGCCGAAGCUCUCCGGCGUCUCGUCCCUGCUUCUCUAUCCUGAUAAAUCCCUCUGCGACCUCCAGGUAGCUUCUCAGACAACCCACUGAGUCAACAAUGCCUGCGGACCCCCUGCCUGAACGCCCAGUCUGCAUUGGUGAUUUGAUGUUAAGCGUCUUGCAGCCAAAGCACCUUUCCAAAAAACCCUGAAUGCCGGUGUCUGUAGGCGGCAGCUUCCUUCUGGUUCCACUUCCUGGCUUCUGCUGUUGCUGAACACUGUUUCAUAUCCUCUUAGGAGGGGCAGUAUACCUAAAGGGGUUAGAGAAACUUCUAUUGCUGCAUGGGUAUAAUGCAAGCAUGUGUCCUGCUGGAGCUCACUUGAGCGAGGCACCAAAACCACUCCAGCUUUAGCAAUACUUCGCACUGGAUUUUGACUUCUUUGUAGAUACAGACCCAAUAUAAAGAUAAUCUCCCUGCCAUAAUUAAGUAGUUAUCACUCUAAUAUUUAAUUUAUUAUUAAAAUACCAUCAGCCCAAGACCGGGCCUCUGCAGCUCCUCUCCCCUUCGCCAGCCCAGUACCAUGCUGGGUGCACUCCUGGGGAGGAACAUGUCACAGAAGCUGAGUGUGCUGCUGUUGGUAUUUGGGCUGGCGUGGGGACUUCUGCUGCUGCAUUACACUGUGCAGCAGCCUCGCCAUCAGAGCAGCGCCGAGCUACGUGAGCAGAUCCUGGAGCUCAGCCGGCGAUACGUCAAGGUCUUGACAGAGGAGAACCAGAAUGCACCAGGAGGGCUGCAGGGAACCUCCAUGGCUGGCUAUGCUGAUCUGAAGAGGACGAUCGCUGUGCUACUGGAGGACAUUCUGACUCGACUAGUCAAACUGGAGGGGAGAAUUGAGUUGGCGGUCAAUGUCUCCUCCACAAAUACCUCUCACACAGCAGGGGGCGUCCUCGCCUCCGCUCCUGCUGCCCUGCAGAAACCCUCAAAGCAGGACACACCUGGCAGUCACCCUGGAACGCCACGCCUCCACCCACACAUCCCUAAUAGGCCUCGGCCACAUCACCAAGCAUAGUCUUAAUAGAGAUAUAAAAAUAUUUAAUUAUUUUGAGCACAUCACACUUUCCCAGCAUUUAUCACUGAUGUUACCACAUCAGACAAAUGGAAAGCAAUAGGGAGACAUGUAUACAUCCAGAAAGAUUAAAAUUUGGGAUCGUUCUCAGAAAUGUUCAGCCAGCUCAGAAGGAAGGAGGUCUCCUCUAUGUUCCAAAUGCUGGUAUUUAUUUAUUUUUUACCAAGACUGUAGCACAUUUUUUAAACAUUUGCAUCUCUGGUUUAGUUUGGCUUAGAUUUAAUGCCAUAUUUGCAUCUUCUGACUCUAUACUCUGUAAACGGAACCAGAUUCUCAUACGCUUUAUAAUAAAAACGGCUUGAAAUGUUCACCUAUCUAAAUUGGAAACUAUUAUACAAUACUGCAUCAACAAAUCAAAAUGCUGAACUAAACAGUACACAUGAUAGGUAGGGCAGCUGUUUUUGCUUUGUCUGUUUUUAGUUGGUGCAGUUGCUAAUUGCUGUAAAAAGAAGAUUCUACUUUUAUCUUACACAUAGUCUUAAGAAUAAUUAAGCAGUAUAAUUCAUCUAUCAAAGAUAAUCCAAAGAAUGUUAUUUGCACUCCAUCUACAGGCAGUGUAAUUGUGUUUUUACAAUUGCUGCAAGGCAGUUUGAGGUUUAUGCAGAAAAUGAUGGGAUGAUGCCUAUUUGCCACUGUAAACAUGAGUGUGUGUGUAUUUGUGUUCUUUGUCUCAGUUAAAAUCAAUGGUUCCCUAGAUGAGUGUUGAUAAAUGAUUUAACUUGAUGUGUAGCACAUUGAAUGCACUUGUAGUCGGUCGUAAGCCCUUCCGUGCUCUUAAGAUGGCUGGCCUACUGCUACACAUGUUCAGGGUUCAUGUUGCACUGUGACUAGAGAUUUUCUAAAAAUACUGGGGUCAUCCAACUUUGAUAUUUUAGGAGAGUGGAUGUCAGUCUGGAAUAUGAAUUAACUUUCUGCUGCUUCUGAGUAAGGUUUCCAUUAUACUGAGAAACUCUGGCACCUGCCCAGAGGAAGAAGAUCUUUAGUUUGUACAUCAUGAUGCUCAUCAACAUGAUGACUUUGUGUGACAAGAAAGAUGGAUACUUUCAUCUAAACUACUUUGUGAUUGUAUGAGACAACGUCAAUGUUGGUGGCAUACUUAAACAUGAGUGGGAAGGCUUCAAAAUGUUGCUGACACAUUACAGACCUAAAUAUACAUGAAGGCCUCAGCUGAAGUAUCAAACUGUUUUGACUGUCUGCAUUGAGUAAUGCCAUAAAUGUACCUUGCUUCCUAAUGCUAAAGUAGAAAAGUUGGUGAGGCCAACCGCUGCUGUAUAGCUUUACUAAUAAAUUGACCUGAUGGAAACAAUAA